AUGCGAGACCAGUACUCUCUUUUUGGCUGGAGUACUCAGGUCACGGAUCAGUCGCAUCUCCGAAUCCUUAUCGCCAGGAAUGCAAAGUUAUGGAAGUUCAAAACGUGCAGCAAGAUGACACUGUAUAACGUGGUGUACUCUGGAGAAGCAGCUAUAUUCUUACAGCAGCAACAUUACAGCGGUAGCUUCGCCUGCUCCUUCGACGUGUUCCACUACCCUUUCGACGUGCAGGUGUGCAAGGUGCUCGUCCAGCUUUCGUCGGUGCGGGAGGAGGUCGUGCGCUUCUCCCAGGAGCGGGCGAAGGUGGUCUACCUGGAGGACGUGAACUUGCCCUCCUACAUCGUGACGCGCUACGAGGCCUUCGUCACCACCAGAGGGACGGAGAAAACCAAGUACAGCGUCGUCGAGGUCGAGUUCGAGCUCACGCGGCGCUGGACUGUGAUCGUGCUCUCCGUCUACUUCCCGACGAGUCUCCUGCUCAUCGUCGGCUACGCCACGCUCUUCGUCAGCGUGUCCCAGCUGGAGAUUGUGCGGUGCUUGACAGUUGCGAAGCUAGCUAGUGUUGUUCCCGGAAUGGCAAUAGUGGCGUUCUGUGGGUCAGAUAUGGGUGAAGAGCUGUGGGUAUUCCGCCAGGAGCGCUGGUAUCGAGCAGCCCAAGGGCAGACGCGUCUUGGGUGUGUGCGCCUGACUGUGUCCGUGACCACGCUGCUCGUGCUCUACACUCUGUUCAACAACACCUCGGACUCCCUCCCGCCCACCGCCUACAUCAAGAUGAUUGACGUGUGGUUCUUCGCAUGCAUCCUCCUGCUGUUCGCCGUCAUCGUGACGCAUGUCUACGUCGAGCACCUGGAGAACGGCGUUGCGGGCGGCGCGGGCGGAGGGAGGGGACCGAGUGCCGGCGUGGUGGGCGUGGCGCCGGCGGCGUGGGAGAAGGGCCCAGUGUGGGCGGAGAUGAAUGGGAAGCGUGAGAAGAGGAGGUGGUGGGGGCGACUGCGGGCUUGGACGGAGACGCCCCUCGGGGUGCUCAGGGCCAUGAGGAGCUUCGUGGUCCCGGUGGCCGUGGCCGUGUUCAUGGUCGUCUACUGGACCGUCAUGUUCGGGGGCUGA